AUGGGGUAUUUCUGCCGUGGUUUCUUCCCGUACGCACGCCCAGCUCACUCGUAUACAGGCUUCGCUAUGAGUUACGGCAUAUUCCAAGAGUACUACUUCGACAACUGGACUUUCAAAGGUAGUAAGAAUGUCUCCGGUGUGAUCGGGACCACCGCAAAUGGUGUCAUGUACCUGUCCAUGCCAUUUCUAUUUGCGCUUUUCACGAGACGCUGGGCUCAUCUGCGCCAAGUCGCUGCUUUCUGCGGCACGAUAAUUGCCUGCAUCAGCUUUCUCCUGUCUUCAUUCAGUACGAGCGUAUGGCAUCUGCUCGCGACUCAAGGGGUUGCAAGUGCGCUGGGCUGCGCACUCAUCUAUAGCGCCACAACACUAUCGCUGGGGGAGUGGUACACCACAAGCAACCGGGCUUUAGCUUACGGCAUCGUUCUGUCAUGCAAGAACAUUGUCGGGACAAGCUGUCCGUUCAUUAUCCGCGCCUUGAUCGAUACAUACGGUUUCAAAACGACCAUGCGAGCCUGGACAGCGAUCGUCGGCGGCUUGAGCAUAUUUUCCAUCCUGUUGAUACCGACCCAUCCGUCCAAACUGACCAUCCACCGGACCCGAGCACGCAAGAUACCAUGGACCUUCCUCAAACAUCGAUCUAUUUAUUUCUACAGCAUCGCGAUUAUUUUUCAAAGCUCUGGCUACGGUAUCCCCCAGUCGUAUCUCCCGACUUACGCCAGAGACAUAGCCAAGCUAUCGCAGACCUCGGGUACACUGAUGCUCGCCGUGUUCAAUGCCCCUGGGAUCAUCGCCUCCUCCUUCUUCGGCUGGCUGAGCGAUAAUAAGCACAUAAAGCUAUCCGCUCAAGUUGUCUCUGCGAUUCCGCCCGUCUCAUCCGCCCUGGCCACAUUCCUGCUCUGGGGCUUGACGACGGAAGGGAACAUCGGACUUCUCAUCGUGUUUUCUAUGACAUUUGGUUUCUUCUCCAGUGGAUACAGCGCUACGUGGGGAGGCAUGCUAAAGCAGAUGGAAUUUGAAUCCGCCGAGCGUAACGAGGCGGUGGACUCUGGGAUGCUCUAUGGUCUCUUGAAUGGUGUCAGAGGAAUAGGGUAUGCAAGUGGCGGAGUCGCGGGAAUCGAGUUGUUGAAAGCAGGAACCAUCUCGGGCAAUUCGCGUUUUGUCUACGGAACUUCUUAUGGGCCUUUGAUUUUGUUCACAGGCUUGUCGUCUCUUCUGGGAGGAUGGGUGCUUCUUUGGCGAUGGAAUCCGACGCGGCUCUUGCCGCUACUUGGGAUGCGGUGA